AUGGGAACAACUUUGCAGAGCCUUAGCGCUCUUAUGCAAAGGUCUUCUAUAAAUGACCAUGAGGAGCUUAUCAAAGCCUGCAACUCGAUCCUAAAAAAGUCCCGAACGGAUGUGGAUGCACAGCAUAUCAAAACCAUUGCGCUUAUAAAACUAGACAGAUUUGAGGAUGCAAUUCGUGUAAUUGAAGAAGGAGGUGAUGUGUUGAAGAAACGAUUGCCGCUUGAAUGGUCUUAUGCCCUAUAUAAAAUUGGGAAAUUGGAUGAGGCGAUAUCAUUUGCAGCAUCCGUUGGUUCUCAAAGAGGCGCAAAGCAUGUUGAAGCACAAGCGUCCUAUAGAGCUGAAGACUUUGAUCGAACUCUCAAGAUCUACCAGGAUUUGAUCAGUGAUAUGAGAGCUUCCACGGGUGAACUCACCGAUUUGCAAAUAAACAUAACGGCAGCUGAGGCACAAAGUCUUUGGACAGGCCAAAGUACUCUUUCAAAGGACCUGGUUUCAAAGCGAGAUGCUUUAGAUGUUUUUGAAGCUGCGUAUAACAUGGCAUGUGAACAAAUAGCCAGGGGUUAUUACGAGAGAGCUCUAGAACUCUUGAAAUUAUCAAAAGAAUUAUGCGAAGCGUCUGAUGAACUCUCUCCCGAGGAUAAGAAGGCAGAAUUGUUGCCCAUCAAAAUCCAAGAGAUACAUGUCUAUUUACAGCAAGGGAAAAUUGAAGAAGGAGAAGCGCUUAUUAGAGGCAUAGAUUUUGCCGAGAUUACCGAUCUUUCCACUAAGCUCAUUGCCGAAAACCUCGCUAUUCUUACAACCGAGCGAAACAUAAACCCCUACAUCAAACACAAGAACUUUAGCCGAACCCCAAGGCCCGCUGGCAAUGAUAAAUUCUUCUCAUACCAGAAUGACAUCUUAAGCAGAAAUGCCCUUGUCAUCAAUCUUAUGGUCCAGAAGUUUGAUGGAGUUUCGAGGUCGACCUCUAAAACUCUUUCACAACACUCUUCUGCUACCCUUUCAUCAGAUAUAAAUUCGCUCGCCGCAUUCGAUGCUACUGCUCACACUCAGGGAGCAGAUGGCAGAAAUGCGAUCAAGAAAAUAUCAUCUCUUUCUGCUAUGCGUCCUCGUGAUCUCGGUCUCACCUUAGUUCUUGCUCAACUACAGGUGGCAGAUGGAAACAUCAAUGCCGCAAUAUCCACGUUAGAGAAUUUCUCUACGAAAUUGGAAGAAACCGGCGAUGACUCCGAUAUGAUGGUUCGGUUUAGCCCCGGGUUUGUCAACAUCCUUGUCACUCUGUACAGAAGUCAGGGUCGCAAGCAUCACAUAAAUUCUGAACUAUCGAAGGUUGCCAAGUAUUGGCAGGGGAAGGAUCCUUCUAGCCAACCAACAUCACUACUCCGCGCAGCGGCAAUAUCUCUCUUCAACUCUCAUGACUCGGCAGAUAUAUCUACUGCUACUGAAAUAUUUGCCCAUCUCCACUCAAGAGAUGGCAGUGAUCGUAUCGCAACUGCAGGUUUUGUAGCCUCUCACGCUAUUUCCUCACCGGCCCUCGUUGAGUCCUCCCUUAAAUCUCUUUUGCCAGUUCAAGAGUUGAUUGCCGGUGUAGAUGUGUCGCAUCUGGAAGCCGCUGGUGUUCAACUACCUGCGAGCACAGCUACCUCUGCAUUAAAACAAGGCCAAAAACGGCGUUCAUCGGAUGUGUUGAAGAAAAAUAAAAGGAUUCGAAAACCCAAGAAUAUGGACCCUAACGAGAAAGUUGACCCUGAGAGAUGGCUUCCCCUGAGAGACAGAUCAAGCUAUCGGCCUAAAGGGAAAAAGGGCAAACAAAGGGCAGCUGAUCGAACACAGGGUGGUGUGGUCAAUGAGAAGGCAGACGAUGGCCACAGCUCGCCUACACCUGUGAAAAGCACUAGCCAGGUAAUUGGGAGCAUGGGAGGCGCAAGGAAGAAAAAGGGAAAAGGGAAAAAGUAG